CCUCGAACACCGUACAGCAAAAUCGCGGCGGCGGCAUCCGACCAUCGCCGCCCCCGCCGCGAUGCCGCCACUUCCGUUGGCGAGGCUCCACCACGGCCUCUCCCUCUCGCUCCUGCGCGGCCGCUCCCCGCACCACCCAUGGCCGCCCGCGGCCGACGCGUUCCUCCGCCGCGGGCUCGCCUCGUCCUCCCCCUCCUCUUCCGCCGCCGCCGCCGCGGCGGCGGCGGGCCGGGAGAAGAGCUCGAGGAGGACGAUGGCAUACCUUAUAGGCGUGGCGGCGGCGAUGGUCGGCGCCUCCUACGCCGCCGUCCCGCUCUACCGCCGGUUCUGCCAGGCCACCGGCUACGGUGGCACCGUGCAGCGCCGCGAGAGUGUGGAGGACAAGAUCUCACGACAUGCUCGAGACGGAACUACAACUUCAAGAGAGAUAAUUGUUCAAUUUAAUGCUGACGUUGCUGAUGGAAUGCCAUGGAAAUUCAUUCCAACACAAAGAGAGGUGAAAGUUAAACCUGGUGAAAGUGCUCUUGCAUUUUAUACUGCUGAAAAUCGCAGUUCAGCUCCAAUAACUGGUGUAUCUACAUACAAUGUUGCUCCUAUGAAGGCUGCGAUAUAUUUCAAUAAGAUACAAUGUUUUUGCUUUGAGGAGCAAACGCUUCUUCCAGGGGAGAAGAUUGACAUGCCGGUGUUCUUCUACAUCGAUCCUGAGUUUGAGACAGACCCCAAGAUGGAAGGGGUGAACAAUAUAGUCCUUUCUUACACAUUCUUUAAGGUGAACGAUAGUUAAUUGUAUCAGUAUCGUAAAGCAAGUAGCAAGAUUAGUCCUGUUUAAAUACCUUGGCAAUCUGUGACGCAAAAUUCCUUUCAUGCAACACAAGUUAGUUUUUUCUAGUGUGUAGUUUAUUGACACGUCUUUCUGGAAAAUUUUGCUAAUAAACAUGUAGGAAUUGUUCACAUAACAAUCAAAAUGGUACAUUUCUUGAUUUGAUUUCAAGACACCAUGGAGAAUAAAGAGAUGGCAUGCUGCCACCACACUGCGAAAGUGCGAAUAUUCAUGUUGACAUUUUGGACCAACGAAGUGAAUUUGUUUCAUCGGGACAAAUUGCAGCCGCGAGGCCCAAAACUUUGGCUAGAUACCUGAUAAUAAGAUUUGGACUAGAGAAGGAUGGCAAAACUACAUCGCGAGGAGUGGAACAAGGCCUUGGGCUAAAAUAUGAUAUGUCAAGCCUAUAGCUAAAAAAGGUCAUUAAGAUCCUUUGAAUUUCCAUCAAAAAGUUAGAUAUAACCCUACAAGGAUUGCUCGAAGCUUGUUAUAUAUGUUCUAUAUUAUAAGAUUUUUUUAAGUCUGCGUAGAUUUAUUCAUGUAUUAAUGUACAUGUGUCUAUAUACAUUAGUAUAUAUAUAUAUAUAAAUAUAAACAAGGCCAUAAAGUCUUAUAAGGCAGAACAGAAGGCAUAC